AUGACGGAUGUCGCAGAUGUGCAACGAAAGUCCAUGUUGCUUGUCAUCCCCCUUGAUGAUGUUGGAAUGCUGGUGAUUACUAGAAGCGCAACAAAUGUGGCAAAGAGCUUCGACUCUCGAGUCACAAUCGACGCGAGAGGCGCUACUUCACGGCACAGCAUCCUGGCAGAGUCAGUGCGUGAGGGCCUCAACUCCCGCGUCAUGGACGCGAGAGGCGCUACCUCGCCGGGCGGUCUUGUCGUGGCAGAUAAAGGUCAAUACGGUGAAAGUGCCUGCAAAUGGGGACUCGCAACUUGCGUAAGAGGUGCUACCUUGCAGGACAAUGUCCUAAUGGUAGAAGUACGUCGACUGGCGAUCUGGACUUGA